AUGGAUGACGAUUUCAAUAUAUUAGCUCUAGCUAUUGAAAGUGUUGAACAGGAAGUAGAACAGAACGUAAUUAAGGGUACAUCUUUGAGUAAAUCUCCCAGGAAUUCAAAUUCUAAAAAUUCUUCUCAUGGAGCAUAUAACUGUAAAUCCCCGGAGGAGAGCUCUAUAUCAACUAAAGGUAGAUGUUUAGUAGGAGUUGAUUUGUGUUUUGAAGAAAGUGUUCAGGCUGAUACUCAAGAAAGUUUACCAGAAAAGCCUAAACAAAAGAAUUUGUUGACUGAGAAAAGUGUUAUUCAUACAGGUGAUACAGAUUCUUCGGAUGAUGAAGGAAAUAAGUAUUUUGAAGACAUAAAAUAUGAUUCUUUUGGUAAGUUUGUAAAAAAUAAAUUAAAAAGCACAGGAAACCAUUCACCCACUUCUUUUAAAAAUUCUUCCUGGAAAAAGAAUAAAACUGAUUCCCUGGCCCCACCAACUUCAGUUGGAUUAGCUGUAAAGGAAACCAAGGAUGUCAGUGCUGAUCCCAUAUUUGGCAUUCGAAUGGUAAAUCCUCUUGUAUCUUCACAAGUGAUUAAAGAAAAAAUGACUGGAAGAACACCUAUUGGCUUUGCAAAAAUUAAGUACCAUGUUUCUUAUGGAGACUUGAAUAAUGACUGGGUUAUUGCUGCAGUAAUUGUUAAAAAACUUCCACCCAGAGUUUCACAAAAUGGGAAUAAUUACAGUUCAUGGAUUAUCAGUGAUUUAAAGAGUGACCUUAAAACAGUUUUCCUUUUCCUUUUUGGUAGAGCACAUCAAGAGCUGUGGAAAACAUCUCCUGGCACUGUCUUGGCUAUCUUAAAUCCUUCAGUGUUAAAAAAUGACAAUGAUAAAAAAUCAGAGUAUGAAGCCAAAUUAUCGAUCAAGUCUCCUGAUCAGGUCAUGAUUUGGGGAAAAUCAAAAGAUCUUGGACAGUGCAAAGUAAUUAAGAAGAAUGGUGAAAUAUGUGGAGCUUUCGUCAAUUCUUACCUAUGUGAAGUGUGUGUUUACCAUGUCAAACAAGAAUAUAAUAAAUGUAACAAAAACGGUCGCCCAGAAUUCAGUUCAUCAGGAAACCUGAAUUUACGAAACAAGGUCCUAGGUAAGAAUGAAGUAUUUUAUGCUGGUAAAAGUUUUACAUCAGUUACUCCCCCUUCUGGAAGAAAUAAAAAAAAUAUUGCUCAAGAUGUUUCAAGGCUUAGUGGACUUGGUAAAACCAUUGCAAAAGCCCCAGAAGUUGUGAGUAUUCCUAAUUUGCAGCGAUCAAAUGAAAUACUGAAAUUAUUACCAUCAGUUAAAAACCCUUUGAACACUACCCGGACAUCUGAUAAAAGCAGGCUCGACCAAUUGAUGGCAAGCCACUCCAAUAAAGGCAGUGAUAAAGAUUCGUUGGUAAAUAGUUCUGGAAAAGUGGACAAGAUUGGGAUGGAAAAUAUCAAUAAAACAUGUUCAGCUGAAAAAGCUCAUUCCAAAUUAUCUUUACCUGUUCUCAAAGUUCCAAGUCUUUCUAAUCCAGAAAAAGAAUUUUCUUUAAGUGAAAAGAGAAAUUCUAGUGAAACUAAAUCGUUAAUUAGUCCAGUAAUUGGAAAAUCAUCUGAAAAAUUAGUCCGAACUGGCAAGAAAAGUAAAGCUAAUUUACAGAAAAGAUUUAAUAGUUUAGUAGGUAUCCAAUCUGAAUUAAAAGGAGAAAACAACCAUAGUUCCAUGAAGUGUAGUAGUACAAAGGGUGAGAGUACUGUAAAAACAGCAGCAGUUCAAUCAAAUAAAAUCAUCUCAUUUGAAAAUCCCCACAUUUUAAAGGAUUCCAGUAAUGCAGAUGUACCAUCCACUCCUAAGAGGAUAACUAACUCAACGAAAAAAUCUUUAACGGUUAAUGAUGAUAUUAACAAAUCUAGUAACCUACAUCCAGAAAGAACAUUAAACCAUGAUAUUUCAACAUCUAAAUUGGAAUCUUCCAAAACUUCACCAAUUGUUAGUUCUAUAAACAGUCCUAGUACAAAUACUCCUAAUUCUAAAAUAUCCAAAGCUAAAAUGAAGGCCUUAAUGUACGUUAAAGCGAAUGGACCAAUAAGUAAAGAAAAUGCAUCAAAGGUCAAAACUGAGGGUAUAACUUCUGGAAUAAAGCGGCCAUAUCCUUCAGAAGAUGAUGAAGAUAAUAAGAAAUCCGUCCUAUCGGAACGUUUUAUUCAACUGAUGACUCAGAAAUCACUUCAUGAAGACUUAAUAGAACUAAGGGAAUAUGAACAAGAAAUGGAAUACUUUGAUAGAAUGGAGAAAAAGGACCGACUGGAAGAAAAAAUGCUAAAUACAUACAAAGUUGAUUGUAAAGCUGUGAAGUGCCUAAAAUGCAAUUACAUCUGGUUUUCUGCUUCCGAAGCUUGCAAAGCAGAAGGACACCCCCUUAAAGUAAUUGAUACUGUAAAAAGAUUCUUCAAGUGUGGUAAUUGCGAAAAUAGAACUGUUAGUUUGACAAUUAUACCUUUACUUCCAUGUAAAAAAUGUUCAGGUUCAAACUGGGUUAGAACUGUUAUGAUGAAAGAGAAGAUAGCUAAAAAUGAUAGUUUAAGUAUUCGAGGAGGGGAACAAAAAUUUGUUAAUUCUGUUAUAACUAAUGCUGGCUUAAAUUUGUUAGUACCUGAUUAAUAUUUAUAGAACAUUAUAUAUUAUGGUAAUGACACCCAUUGUUAUGUAACUUUUUAAAAUGUUAUUUAUUUUAAAUGCUAUGAUAUAAUUUAUUGUUAUUGGAAGUGAUAUAAACCACAGUAUUUUUUAUUUAAUAAAUUUAAAUGUAAUAGUU